UAAGAUCUAUUAGCAGAACCAUGGACUGGAAACCUAAUUUAUAUUUAUUCCACCCUGGCUCUCCGUGGAUAAAGAGGCUGUGCUGACUGCACAGCUGGCUGGCUAAUCGUUGACCGCGUUCCGUGAAGGACAGGCGUACUGCCCAAUCAGGCGUGAAGUGAACAGAAGGGGAGGAGGAACCUCCUUCUGUGCUGGAGAAGAAAGCGCUGGGCUGCAGUGUGGAAGGCAGCGGGUUUGAGGAGCUCAGUGGUUAGAUAAAGAAAGCGCUGGGCUGCAGUGUGGAAGGCAGCGGGUUUGAGGAGCUCAGUGGUUAGAUAAAGAAAGCGCUGGGCUGCAGAGUGGAAGGCAGCGGGUUUGAGGAGCUCAGUGGUUAGAGCGCUGGGCUGCAGUGUGGAAAGCAGUGGGUUUGAGUAGCUCAGUGGUUAAAGAAAGAAAGAAAGAAAGAAAGAAAGAAAGUGCUGGGCUAUCCGCAAACGCCAAACCGUAAUCAGUGAGAUUAGGAGAAAGGUUGACUAGAGGAGAAGAAACCUCGUGUUACAUUUUGAUCGCAUUCUAGGCCUGCCUCGUUUGUUGGACUACAGUGACCUCUUGUGGCACAGAGUUAGAAUGACAUCAAACACUUUCUGCAGUCAAAUCAAGUCAAUGUACAUUAUGAAGAAGGCACCAGGCAAAACAUGAAGACUGUUUUACAAGGUUGUUAACCAAGAGCUCAUGAGGCUUGUGAGAUUGACUGUGAUAUAGAAACGCACGGAGCUUACAAGACUUUCAGGUGCCAGUUGUAAGAUUGCUACCAUUGCAGCUGACUGGACGCUUUCCAGUAGGAAGACCCUCUAAUAAGUCCGAGUCCUCGCUCUGCCUUCUGUAGAAAUGGGGAGGAGAAGCAUUCUUGGGUGGCCCAUCUUGGCAUCCCAGCUCCUGGCGGUCUGUCUGGUCCUGGGCACCCCCCCUUCCUACUGCCCCCCGCAGUGCGUCUGCGACACCCGUCCCUGGUACACCCCACAGUCUGUGUACCACCAAGCCAAGACGGUGGACUGCAACGAGCUCCAGCUGAGCAGCGUCCCUUGGAACAUCUCGGCAGACACCCAGGUCCUCCUCCUGCAGAGUAACAACAUCUCCCGCGUGACCUUCGAGCUCCAGAACCUGGCCAACCUGACCGAACUGGACUUGUCCCAGAACCACUUCGCUGGGAUCCGGGAUGUUGGCUUGGCUAACUUGUCCCAGCUCAUCACCCUAUACCUGGAGGAGAACCAAGUGCAGGACCUCCCUGAUGACUCCUUGAGGGACCUGGCCAGCUUGGAGGAGCUCUACAUCAACCACAACCGCAUCUCCAGCAUUGGCCCCAAGGCCUUCUCUGGCUUGGGCAACCUGCUGAGGCUCCAUCUGAAUUCCAACCGGCUCAGGACCAUCGACAGCCGCUGGUUUGAGACUCUGCCCAACCUGGAGAUCCUUAUGAUCGGGGAAAACCCCAUCCUGGGCUUGAAGGACAUGAACUUCCAGCCUCUGUCCAAGCUCCACAGCCUGGUCCUGGCCGGGAUGGAGCUUAAGGAAGUCCCCGCAGAUGCCUUCAAAGGUUUGGAGAACCUGGAAAGCCUGUCGUUCUUCGAUAACAAGCUGGCGGCCGUGCCCAGGGCGGGCUUGAAGACCCUCCCGUCUCUGAAGUUCCUGGACCUGAACAAGAACCCCAUCGUGAAGGUCCAGGAGGGGGACUUUCAGGACUUCCCGCACUUGGAAGAGCUCAGCCUGAACAACAUGGACGAGCUGAUCGCCAUCGAGGAGGGAGCGUUCGACAACCUGCCCGAAAUGGGCAAGCUGGAUGUGAGGAACAACCCCCGGCUCUCCUUCGUCGCCCACGGGGCUUUCCGGAGAAUGUUCGGCCUCCGCACCCUGAUGAUCAGCAACAACGACCUGGGCUUGCUGCACCGAGAGGUCCUCGCCUCCUUCCCCAGACUAGACGAGGUCAGCCUCCACAGCAACCCUAUCCGCUGCGAGUGCCUCUCCAACUGGGCCUCCGCGUUCGGCAGCCCGGCCAACGUCCGCUUGCUGGAGAGCCAGAUCACCCUCUGCGCCUCCCCGCCCCAGCUGAGAGGCCACCAGCUCCAGGAGGUCAUCUACAGCUGGGGCUUGACCACCAACUCCUGCCUGCCCCUGAUAUCCCUUCACGGGUUUCCAGACCAUCUCAACGCAACCAUGGGGGCUUCCUUGUCCCUGGAUUGCUGGGCAACGGCCGACCCCGCUCCCCAGUUUUAUUGGAUCACCCCCACUGGGGUCAAGAUCACGGUGGAUACCGUUUCAGGGAAGCACCGGCUACGUGGACAAGGGACUCUGGAGAUCCGGCAAGCAGGCGCCAACGAUUCUGGGCUGUACACGUGCGUGGCGUGGAAUUCGGAAGGCGGGGACACCAGGAGCAUCACCUUGCAUGUGGACGGGGGUGACGGACUCUCCCUCCCUGCUUCCGAGGCGUCCAAUUCCACGGACGCCCUGGUGAUCCUGGCCAAGCGGGUCCACGCCCGUUCAGUGGUGGUGGAGUGGAAGCUGUACCCAGGAGGUCCCAGCCCUGCCCACGAAACCGGGCAGCCCGAAUGGACUUCGGCGACCAUGAAGAUCCACAACGCUCACCUCAGCUACACGGCCAAAGUCCCGGUUGACAUCCAAGAGUACAACCUGACCCAUCUCCAGCCGUCGACGGAAUACGAGGUCUGCUUGACCGUGACCUGCUUGGGUCACCAGAGCCAGAGCUCCUGCCUCAACGUGACCACCAAGGAGGCCACCUUCGCCGUGGAGAUGGUGGCCCAGCCUGGCAGCGUGGCUCUAGCGGCCGUGAUGGGGUCUCUGUUCGCCAUCUUCAUCAUGGCCCUGCUGGUGUUUUACAUGGGCUGGCGCAUGAAGCAAAAGGCUUGCCACCACUCCCUGAAAAAGUACAUGCAGCACCCCACCUCCAUCCCCCUGAACGAACUCUACCCUCCCCUGAUCAAUCUCUGGGAGAACGAAACCGAGAAGGAGAAGGAGUGCACCCUGGAUCCACAGACCGUGCAAAUAGACACUUCGAAGACUUAUAUGUGGUAGUUACCUACCUACUGCUGGGGUACUGCUUAAAGAUGACAGAUGAGGAGAGAUAUAUAUAAAUUUGUGGAUGUGGGAGGGUUUUCUCCAUUCUUUCUAAGCUGGAAGAUGCCGGAUCACCCCCUCACAUCUUUGGAAAUGGCACAGUCCACAAAAGCAAUAGUGGAAUUCUGGGAAGUGUAGUUUUUUAGUUGAUGUUUCCAGCUCUGUAUGAAGUUGUAGUUCUGUUUUUUUUUCUGCUUUGGUAAGGAGAGACUGAUGUGGAAAAGUAAGAGGGGAUAUUGUUACAAGCUUAGGUAUAGUCAAUUUAAUUGACUACUAAUUCAGUAGUUUUAAUGUUUUAUUUUAUUUUUCACAUUUUGACCACUUUUUUAAACUUUUAAAUUGCAUUCCCUGCCUCAAGAUGGCUUCCCAUGUACCCGCAUGGACCUCUCAGAACUACAUUUCCCAUCACCCUCCUGCUCACAUUUGUAACUGAGAUGGAUUUACCAGUGAGCAGGAGGAUGAUGGGAAAUGUAGUUCUGAGAGGUCCAUGCGGGUACGUGGGAAGCCAUCUUGAGGCAGGGAAUGCAAUUUGAAAGUUAAAAAAGUGGUCAAUGUAAAAAUAAUAAUAAUAAUUAUUAAAACGACACACACCUUACGUAAACAGUUUUAGCAACACAUGGGAACAUGUAACACAAUCAAAUAAAAAGGUCCUUAUGUGCCCCUUUAAGGGUAUAUAGUUUAGCCAAGAACAAAACAUAAUUAGGGGGAUUGGAGUCUUUAAAAUCUUGGUUGACAAACUUAACUGUAAACACAGCACAGAAACCAGGACCAGAGGACGCACAGUGUGGAAAUGAAGUGGAGACAGACUUAGGACAGAGGGAAGGAGACUCUUCUUCACACAGAGAGUGGUGAGGGGAUGGAAUGGGUUACCUAGUCAUGUUGUUGAAGGAGACUGUUCUUCACACAGAGAGUGGUGAGGGGAUGGAAUGGGUUACCUGGUCAUGUUGUUGAAGGAGACUCUUCUUCACACACAGAGCCGUGAGGGGAUGGAAUGGGUUACCUAGUCAUGUUGUUGAAGGAGACUCUUCUUCACACAGAGAGUGGUGAGGGGAUGGAAUGGGUUACCUAGUCAUGUUGUUGAAGGAGACUCUUCUUCACACAGAGAGUGGUGAGGGGAUGGAAUGGGUUACCUAGUCAUGUUGCUGAAGGAGACUCUUCUUCACACAGAGAGUGGUGAGGGGAUGGAAUGGGUUACCUAGUCAUGUUGUUGAAGGAGACUCUUCUUCACACAGAGAGUGGUGAGGGGAUGGAAUGGGUUACCUAGUCAUGUUGUUGAAGGAGACUCUUCUUCACACAGAGAGUGGUGAGGGGAUGGAAUGGGUUACCUAGUCAUGUUGUUGAAGGAGACUCUUCUUCACACAGAGAGUGGUGAGGGGAUGGAAUGGGUUACCUAGUCAUGUUGUUGAAGGAGACUCUUCUUCACACAGAGAGUGGUGAGGGGAUGGAAUGGGUUACCUAGUCAUGUUGUUGAAGGAGACUCUUCUUCACACAGAGAGCGGUGAGGGGAUGGAAUGGGUUACCUAGUCAUGUUGUUGAAGGAGACUCUUCUUCACACAGAGAGUGGUGAGGGGAUGGAAUGGGUUACCUAGUCAUGUUGUUGAGGCUGCAUCACUGGGAUCCUUUAAGACCCGACUGGACAAAGUUCUGAGAUCAAUCAGCUGUUCGGAACCAGACAAGAUGGCAUUUUCACACAAACUUUUGUUGGACUAUAUAUAUAUAUAUAUAUAUGUAUAUGAAAAUAAGUUUUUUUCUCAGGAAAUAACUUUGUAUUUAAUGUAUUGUUUAAUAAAUUAUUAGUAGUAGUAUUAGUAGUAGUAGAAGGAGGUGCAAUCAGUCAAUAUUUAUGUAUUUUUCAGACAUUUAUAAGGGAAUUAUAUUUCUGUUGGCUUUUCUUAAGUGUGUGCUUGCAUUGCCAAGUUCCAUCUCAAAGGGACUGUACAUUUAAGGAGCACAGUUAUAAAGCGUUGCUUAUAAACCCCACCAGAACCAGGAAGAAAUAAAACAAUCAAUCAAUUUGGGUGGAACUUGUCACUCAAAUGAGGAGCCUCUCCGAGUCGAUUAACCAUUCAAGGAUACCAACAUAUUUAAAAGGGGCAGGGUACCACGGUAAAAUAAUGGCUGCAAAUUCCUAAUAGGGGCAUCAGUGUGGAGUAGUGGUCAGGGCUCUGGACUCUUGACCGGAGGGUCAUGGGUUCAAUCCCAGGUGGGGGACACUGCUGCUGUACCCUUGAGCAAGGUACUUUACCUAGAUUGCUCCAGUAAAAACCCAACUGUAUAAAUGGGUAAUUGUAUGUAAAAAUAAUGUGAUAUCUUGUAACAAUUGUAAGUCGCCCUGGAUAAGGGCGUCUGCUAAGAAAUAAAUAAUAAUUAUAGAUUCCAGCAGAAUAUCUUCAGCACUCCCUCGGAGUUCUGAAGUCAUUAAUUUGACUUCAACCCCCCCCCCGCCCCCGUUAAAUCGUGUGGAUUUAAUUGCCCAGAUCUUUCGUUGUAACAAACAAUGUUGAUCAAAUUAUAAGGCUUUAAAAUAGUAAAUAGUUAGGAGUUUUUUAAUAAUGCUGUAAUGAAUUACUGAUUGGGAAAAAUCGAUCAGUCCAAUAAGAAAUGACAUCUUGUCAACAUUAUAAAUAACCCUAUACUGACAAUGAAGGCUGAUGAUAAUGAAACUUGGUGAAUGGGAUAGAUGGCUGGGUUUGAGUCAAAUUUCAGGGGUGUUCCCUCCCUGCUGGAUCUUUCUCUGUUUACACAUAGCGUACAGUGCUGUAUAAGGAUGUACCACGCACUGUAUGUCAGUGGAUUUUGUGUCCUCUCUGUACUGUAGUAGACUGCAUUUCCGAGCGGUUUUGACAUGCACAAUAUCACUGUAAAGCAGAAUUUAAUUCAGGGGAAUACAAAAAUUAAACUAUAAAAACACAA